GUUGGACUCGAGUCAGCGAGGCUGACUGACUCUCCGGCGCGCGGCUGCGGAGUUGAACUCGGGCGCGAGAUCCGUGACGGUCACAGUGUGGCUGGUUUCUAUGUCUCAGGCUGUAAAAGUCUCCCCCCUCAUAGAGAAAGUCAGCGACCACAAAGACUUCAAGAAGCUCCUCAGGACAAGAACCAACGUCCUCAUCCUGUACACACAUUCAGCAACAUCUGGUGACACCCAGCUGAAGCUACUGUCUGAGGUGGCCCAGGCGGUUAAAGGGCAAGGGACCAUCGCCUGGGUGAAUUGUGGGGAUUCGGAAGGCAGGAAACUGUGCAAGAAGAUGAAGGUGGACCCCGGCUCAAAGAAGGGUGGAUUUGAGAUCCUCCACUAUAAGGACGGGACUUUUCAUACAGAAUACAACAGGCCUGCAACGUUGAAGUCCAUGGUCGCCUUUCUGAAGGACCCGGCUGGCGCUCCGCUGUGGGAAGAGAACCCAGAGGCCAAAGACAUCAUGCACAUCGAGAGUGAGAAAGACUUCAGGAAGCUCCUGAAGAAAGAAGAGAGACCCAUCCUCGUGAUGUUCUAUGCCCCGUGGUGUGGCGUGUGCAAGCGAAUGCAGCCCAUCUUCCAGCAGGCUGCCACCCAGACAAAGGGUAAAUUUGUGCUGGCAGGAAUGAACGUUCACCCUGCUGAGUUCGAUGGCCUCAAGCAGGAGUUUGAUGUUAAGGGCUACCCCACCUUCUGUUACUUUGAGAAGGGGAAGUUCCUUUACCACUACGAGAACUAUGGAGCAACGGCGAAGGACAUCGUCGACUGGGUGAGAAACCCUCAGCCUCCGCAGCCCAAAGACCCUGAGGUGCCCUGGUCAGAGGUGGACUCAGCUGUAUUCCACCUGACAGACGAUACCUUUGACAGCUUCAUGGAGGAGCACCCGUCGGCCCUGGUCAUGUUCUACGCCCCAUGGUGUGGUCACUGUAAGAAAAUGAAGCCGGAGUAUGAAGAGGCCGCAGAGAUCCUAAACCGUGAUGACGAUAGCCCCGGUGUGCUGGCUGCUGUAGAUGCCACCGUACAGAAGGCGGUGGGAGAACGCUUCAAAAUCUCCGGCUUCCCCACAGUUAAGUACUUUGAGAAGGGCGAGGACAAGUACACGCUGCCCCAACUGAGGACUAAGGACAAGAUCAUCGAGUGGCUGCAGAACCCCCAGGCCCCGCCCCCUCCAGAGCCUUCAUGGGAGAAUAGACCAUCAAGUGUGAGCCACCUGAGUGCAGAGGACUUCCGUGAGGCACUGAAGAAGAAGAAGCAUGCCCUCGUCAUGUUCUACGCCCCCUGGUGCCCCCACUGCAAAAACGCCAUCCCCCACUUCACAGCAGCUGCCGAGCUCUUCAAGGACGACCGCAAGAUUGCGUACGCUGCAGUGGACUGCACCAAAGGGCACAACCAGGAGCUGUGCAAACAAGAGGACGUGGAGGGUUACCCCACCUUUAACUACUACAACUACGGAAAGUUUGCAGAGAAGUACAAUGGCGAGCGUGGGGAGGCGGGAUUCACUGGCUUUAUGCGGAGCCUGCGGGGGCGGGACCAGGAGAAGGUGGCCAAACGGAAGGAAGAGCUAUAAUGCAGAGUGGGCAAAAUAAAGAAGGAGGCAGCUGUUGCACUUGGACCCUGGGCGGUCUCCACAUUGGAGUCAGGAAGUUCACAACCUCAUCUAGAUGACUCUUCUUAUACGGCUCUUCAGUCCGUAAGACAUGUUACACCAUCUGACCACAUAAGUCUGACUGGAGUUGUUGGGGGGGGGGGGGAACCGUAAACUAAAUAUCCUUUUCUAAAAAUACUGUGACUGCAGUUGAACGAAGCUCUACCUUUUGAUCUAUGCAAAAUGAGGCCCUUCCCUACUUUCGUCCUUUGCAGACAUGUAAUGGUCGCUGUUUGUAAACGUCACGUUUUGUCAUAUUUGUCUCCAGUCAGGUCCCUUACAUUUCUGAUGGGGUCCUCCCUGCGAUGGUCCCUCUUAUUUCUGUGAAUUGAAGUACAUAGUGUACAGUAUGUGCAAAUGAUGAAAUAUUUUUCUAUGGGGGGAAUUUCAUGAUUUCAACAACAAAAAAACACCUAUCAAGCAUAUAGUAAAAAAUACAAACUGUGGCCUUUAUUGUAAAUGUGUGCUACAUUUUCAAAGCCACUGGACAUGUUUUUGUGAGGAUACCAUUGAUUUCAGGUCUGAAACAACCUGGUGUUGUGAUGUCAGAAGUGGUUCCUGAUUCAACGUGGUCUCCUAGAUUUGAAGGCACAAGUAACAGUAAAGAAUAAAUUAAACACGAACUUUGCACCCAUUUCAUGCCUUUAAAUGCAGUAAACACUUAGGUAUUGCUAUAGGGAUCUUCAUCUUUUUCAUGUAUUCAAGGAUGGUCUGAACAGCAUUGACCAGACAAGUUUCGGUGACUGAAAAUUUGGUUUGCUGAAAUUAAAUCACACUGCAGCUUGUCAUCCUCUGGUUUGACUAGUGCUGGAUCUUGGUGAUUGUCCUUGUGAUUUGUUUCAUGUUGUGCUGUCCUACACCUUAGCACAGGGUCUCUUGGACUGUAGUGUUCAGAUCUUUUCCUAGUGGUGUCCAAGAGCAGAAAGCACUAAGCCACAGUUUCCCUGAAAGGUGCUGCUUUAAGACUCCUCAAUCCUGGGAUGAAGCCCAAAGCUGUAGUAAGUUUCCACUGAAAUGGGAGAAUCUGUCUCUCUCUCCUCAUAAUGCUGUUUGACCCUAACCCUCCGAGCUUCCUCAACAAUGGGAUUGCAGUGGGCUGGAGAUGAGGGUCCAAGAAGGCCCUGCUACCCCGUCUGGGUCAGUUGAGUGUGUAAUUUGCUGCAUCUCGCUCGCUUUGCUCACUCCUACCUGCUCUAUCGCUGCUGAAGCCAUGUCCAGCAAGGUCAGUGUGAUAUCCAAGUCCAAAAUUGGUCAUUUUUAUAUCACAGCUAUUAUUCUUAUUAUUUUUUAUGGUGUUAGCUUUAAUGUUUUCUUUAAUGCUUUCUUCCUCCCUGGUUAAGAAAUAUUUUAGGACGUAUCUGUCUUUUAUCCAGAGUUUGGUCAAUUCAUUAUAAAGUACUCAGGGAUUAAAAGGUUAAGGGAACUAUGGUAUUUUAAUUCAGUUCCAUUUGGGAUUUUCUUGGCUUGAUGAUUUUACUGAUAAUUGUUUACGUUCAAUUGUGGGGGAGACUAAAACAUUGAAUCAGCUGUCUGGUUCACCUUUGUGCCAAAUGAUGGCAAACAUUGUUCAAGUGAUGAGUUUAUGUCUAAGUGAUGAAAAAAUGUCUUUCAUUAUGUGGAAUUCUCAGUAGACUGUGUUUGUUCCUCAUACUGUAAAUCCUGAUGAUGCUGUAGCAGCACAAGAAUUGGGCUAUAAAACAGCAAAAAGUGAGAAGGUGAUUAAUCUGGGUUGGGUUUUUUUUUUU